ACUCAGGCAGGAACCGCCAAAAUUGAAAACCCACAACUUCUAGCGACUGUUUUCACAUGAUCAAACACGAAAUAAAUAAAACAACUUUGCGAAAACAUGGAGGGAGGACCAACGAAAGGUGUUUUAGGUCAGCUGAAUCUGCUGGAGGCUCAGGCAAGGAACCGUAAGGUUCGUCUUCAGCAGCAGAGUCUCGUGAAGCAGCUGGAGGCUAAAGCUGAGGCGCUGACGACCGAGAGAGACCUGCUGAAGGCAGAGAUACAGACAGUGGAGACUCUUCAGAGACUGAUGAUGUCUAUGGACAGACAGCGUACACAUGAAGAAGAGGAGGAAAUGGAUGAAGACUCCGAGGACUCACAGCUACUGCAGCUGAUGGCCAGACAUACACAACUGACAGAUCUUGUGCAUGCUCAUCACCUCAUUGGUGGGUACGAUGUCAUAAAGACUCGCCAGGGUAAAGGAGUGUGCGUGUCUGUGGCGACAGCCUUCGAGGGGGUCUACUUGGACACCUACAACCUGGAGAUAGACCUGAAGCCAAGGCUGAGGAUCACUCGUCACAACAUUCCUCCGUUCAUCCCCCUGAACAACCUCGCUGAGCAGAGCAACAUGCAGACAAACAUAAGGGCUUUUCUGGACACCCUCAGCUGCCAUCUCAACGCAUUUGCCGGUCGCAAGCAGCAGCUAAAGCUUGUUAAGGAGCAACAUAAGUCCAUUGAAGUGAUGGAGAGUAAUGUCUUGUGUUCGCUACUGGUGCUGAUGUUGACUGUGCCGAGAGGGAAGCCUGCUGUUCUCUGCAUCCUAGACUACACUGACCACACCCGCUGUCUUCCCACCAGAGUCCACUUUGAAUGUGAAGACAAGGAGCUUCCUGAUUCUCCAGAGUGGAAGAAGAACUGCACCCUGCUCAUGGAGACUCCGGUGCACAAAGCUUUGAUAACCAUGAAAAAGAUGGGGCAUAUUGUUUAAUCUACUCAGAAAUAACAAAACU